AUGGGAAUUAAUGAAUCAAAAGAAAAGAAAAAGACGCAGUCUGAGACAGCUCUUCAAGAACUUUCUAAAGAUAAAAAUAAAUCCAUACAUAGGAUGGAAUCAAGUGUAUCAAUGGAUGCAGUGCCUGUUUCACCUGAAUCAUGUCCUGUAUAUACACCAGUUCCACCCAAUAAAAAGUCAAGCAAUUUAAUGAUAACUGAAUUUGUCAGCCAAAUGUUGGAUAAGAAAUUUGAACCUUUUAAAAGCGACAUUUCUGAAGAUGAUAAAGAAUUAGAAAACAAAAUCCCACUCUAUCAAAAUUAUAUGGAUUUUGAAACGGCAUUUGGCUUCCAUGAUGCUAUGAUAUUAUAUCAUGAUGAUGAUAAAGAAGAUUGUAAAGCAUUCUGUGACAAAAUUGAAGAAAAUGUGGUUCUAAGUGAUAAACAGAAACCAAGUAUAAUUAGUUAUGCACGCAUUGCUACAUCAUGCGGAAACAACUUCAGGGCUCUAGAGUUUGGAAUAGAACGAUGUACAUUUGUGAUGCUCUAUGUUACUGCUAAUUUUGUUAAAGAUAAAUGGACGGAAUAUUCUAGUGAAGCUUGUUUAAUGGAAGCUAUUACCAAUCCGAAUAAAAGAUGGUGUGUGGUACCAGUGUUUACCGAAGAUAAAAGUUCUAAACCUUACAAAAUUCCACUUAGUAUAAAUACACUAAAAGGAAUACGUUACUCGUCUGAAGAGGAAGAUUUUUACUUAUCCUCAAUAACUACCCUUUUCAAUGACAGGAUUUCUGUUAAAAGAAACCAUCAAAAUCAGCACUUGCAACAACAAAUGAGGUGGGUUCUGAAGUUUGAAGCAAAAGCACGACAAGAAGCUUUGGAAGAAUUAAAAAAGAAAAACCAGGAAAAAAAGGAGCAUGAGGAUUUUCUAAGAUCAGUUGAGCAACAGAGAGACAGAAGUGAAAUUCAGUCCAGCUCGACUAAUUUUCAAAUAGAGAAUUUUGUGAAUAAAUUUGAACUUUCUGUGGCCCAGAAAAAUGAGCAAUUAAAGCAACAAUCAGAGAAUGGGUCAAAAAGUCUGCCAGUUAGACCAGCAGUUGAAGAAAGAGAUGACGGUUCAUCAGUGGAUCCUGAAGACAUUGUUUCUGAUACUCCUUCAACUGCCAGUAACACUUACGCUCCUUUUGGAGGGAGAGAGAAUUUUGAACAUUGUUCGCUUGCUGCUUCUUCUAGUGUUCCACCACCGGUUUCUAAUGUAGCAUUAACCGAAUGUCCUCAAAGGUCCUCUGGUAAUCCGAUAUCAUGUCCAUUAGCUACAGCAGAGGAUCUUGCUGGUGAGAAUAAAAGUUCAGCUGACUCAGUUCCUCAUUCUGUUAUAAGCAAUCCUCCUACACCAGGAUCUCAGUCAGUAAUACAACCUUCUGCUAGUUCUGAAUCACGUUCAUCUGGUUACAAAACAAACACCAAUUCCCAAUCAAAGUCAGUUGGAAAGGAAAAGUCAUAUGUUGGUGAAUCGGCCAGCUCCAUUGAUCAUCCAUUGAGUGAGAAAAGCUACUCAGAGGUUCAUCAUCACCAUUACUACACAAAUCCUCCUGUUUACAAAAUCCAGGCAGAGAAUGUACAAAUUGGAUCAGGGAAUAAGCUGUAUAACAGGACGAAUCAUGAUAAUGAGUCAGAUUAUGAGGAACAGCCAGGUUGUGAUAAAGAUGAUUAUAGCAGUAGUGAUGAGCAGAUGAUGGAUGAACCAAUGACAUUCAGCAGCUCUCAUGACAGUACUCUAUCUCAAGAUGGUGCUCAAAAUACUGGACCUCUUAAUGCUCAAAACAGAGAAAAGAAGAUGUUGCAAGAAUAUGGAAUCAAUGAACAUAAACCAAUAUCGGCUAUGAGUAUCAAUGAUCCAGAUCAAACAAGAAUUAAAGAAAGUGAAAAUGUCAGAAAUGGUAACAACAACAAUGAAGAUUCAGAACAAACAUAUUUAAAAGAAAAGUUGUAG